AUGGCGUGUGGCAGUGGGAAGGUCACCAUCCAGCUGGUGGAUGAGGAGGCAGGACCUGGAGCCCAGGACCCGAAGCUUUUUAGAGGCCAGAGCUAUGAGGCAAUCCAAGCAGCCUGCCUGGAUGAGGGGAUCCUGUUCCGUGAUCCCUACUUCCCUGCUGGCCCUGAUGCCCUUGGCUAUGACCAGCUGGGGCCGGACUCAGAGAAGGCCAAAGGAGUGAAAUGGAUGAGGCCCCAUGAGUUUUGUGCUGAGCCCCAGUUCAUCUGUGAGGACAUGAGCCGGACAGACGUGUGUCAGGGGAGACUGGGUAACUGUUGGUUUCUUGCGGCCGCCGCCUCCCUCACGCUGCACCCCCGACUCUUGCGCCGAGUGGUGCCCCCUGGACAGGGUUUCCGAGACAACUAUGCCGGCGUCUUCCACUUCCAGUUCUGGCAGUUCGGCUGCUGGGUGGACGUCGUGGUGGAUGACAGGCUGCCGGUGCGCGAGGGGAAGCUGAUGUUUGUGCGCUCAGAACAGCGGAAUGAGUUCUGGCCCCCCCUUCUGGAAAAGGCCUAUGCUAAGCUCCACGGCUCCUAUGAGGUGAUGCGAGGCGGCCACAUGAAUGAGGCUUUCGUGGACUUCACAGGUGGCGUGGGCGAGGUGCUCUACCUGAGACAAGACAUCCCAGGCCUCUUCUCGGCCCUGCGCCACGCCCUGGCCAAGGAGUCCCUCGUGGGUGCCACUGCCCUGAGUAAUCAGGGCGAGUACCGUACAGAAGAUGGGCUGGUGAAGGGACAUGCGUAUUCCGUCACGGGCACGCACAAGAUGUCACUGGGCUUCACCAAGGUGCGGCUGCUGCGGCUACGGAACCCAUGGGGCCGUGUGGAGUGGACCGGGCCCUGGAGCGACAGCUGCCCACGCUGGGACGUGCUGCCCCCGGAGUGGCGAGAUGCCCUGCUGGUGAGGAAGGAGGACGGUGAGUUUUGGAUGGAGCUGCAGGACUUCCUCCGCCACUUCAACACCGUCCAGAUCUGCUCGCUGAGCCCGGAGGUGCUGGGCCCCAGCCCGGCAGGAGGCGGCUGGCACACCCACAUCUUCCAAGGCCGCUGGGUGCGAGGCUUCAACUCUGGCGGGAGCCAGCCUGCUGCCGAGACCUUCUGGACCAACCCCCAGUUCCGGCUGACGCUGCUGGAGCCUGAUGAGGAGGACGAUGAGGAUGAGGAUGGGCCCUGGGGGGGCUGGGGGGCCGCAGGGGCUCGGGGCCCUGCUCGCGGGGGCCGCGUCCCCAAGUGCACUGUCCUCCUGUCACUCAUCCAGCGCAACCGGCGGUGCCUGAGGGCCCAGGGCCUCACUUACCUCACUGUGGGCUUCCACGUGUUCCAGGAGGAAGAGCUCAGUGCCCCUCAGCUCCAGACCUUAUUAAGCAUUGCCCUGGAGCCUGCCAGGGCCCACAGCUGGACCACCGGAGAGAUCGGGCUCAGGACCUGUGAGCAGCUGCUGCAGUGCUUCGGGCAUGGCAGAAGCCUGGCCCUGCACCACUUCCAGCAGCUCUGGGGCCACCUCCGGGAGUGGCAGGCCAUAUUCGACAAGUUCGACCAGGACGCCUCUGGCACCAUGAACUCCCACGAGCUGAGGCUGGCGCUGAAUGCUGCAGGCUUCCACCUCAACAACCAGCUGACCCAGGCCCUUACUAGCCGCUACCGGGACAGCCGUCUGCGUGUGGACUUGGAGCGCUUUGUGUCCUGUGUGGCCCAGCUUACCUGCAUCUUCUGCCACUGUAGCCAGCACUUGGAUGGGGGCGAGGGAGUCAUCUGCCUGACCCGCCAACAGUGGAUGGAGAUGGCCAACUUCUCCUAGGAUCUUGGCAGGGGAGCGCCUGCGGCUGGAGGCAGGAGAGCUGCAGGAGCCCUGCCUUUCCCGGUCAGCCUGGACCAGGGUUUAUUCCACAGUGAGGGGGUUCUGAGCCAAACCAGCCCCCCAGCCCCUCCACCUCCCUGCCUGGCACGGGGGCUGACGCUCUGACAUCAGGCAGUGCUUCUGAGCAUGGCCUUGGGAGCCGGUCUGCCACACACUCACCACCGGGUGACGCUGGGCAGGUCACUGCCCCUCUGAGCUUUGCUC